AGAAGUAUAAAUGGAACAUUCAUUGUCCUAAUUUUGCCAGGGCAACGCCGGGUAAUUAUGCAUUAUAUAUAGUAUAUGGUGCGUGGACGCCUGCAUCUUUCAGCGGUUACUGCAGUGUUGGUGAUCCCAGUGUAUUGUAAUUAGUGGCAACUGUAUGUUGUAAGGUUCCGCGGCUAGGAGUGUGGUUAGAGUAGGGACGCGCGGCGGCGAGUGAGGAGAGACAUUCCGAGAACAGACUCAGCCGUGAAGGGCAAGUGUAAAACACCAAGGAGACAAAAGAGCACUGGGAACUAAGUGGCAUUUGUGAGGUGAUGGACUCAGGCUUGUGCAACAACCAAGUAACGUUUGGGUCCCUUGGAGUUCUUGACCUCGCACCUCAGAGAGAGAGAGGGCGAGAACGAGAGUUACAGCUAACAUACACACCCUGCGUGCGUGAGUUGUCACGGCAGGUGAGACACCACAGCAUGAACUAGUAAGAAGUGACUGCACUACUUCCUCAGUAUUAUACACACUGUAGCAGUAGUGCUGCCCCCCUUCGCAAAUGGUGACCACGAUCUUCAUCUGUUAGUGUCACGCGCUGCUUCACGAGCAAAACCUUUGGAAACGUUGCCCGUCGGCAUCCCCUCCGUCGGUGGCGGAGCGAGGAUGGCGCAGGAAUCGCAGCUGCCACUAGCGUGUCGCCUCAGGCUCAGCGUCAGGAUGGUGGCGGUAGCGGUAACGGUGCUGUGCGGCUUUGCCAUGCUCAAGAAUCAGACGCUGCACUCUUCAGGGCCGUCCAGGCUGGAGCUCAAGACCUGCUCGCCGAGGAACAACGUCGCCUUUCUCAAAACACACAAGUGUGCGUCCUCCGCCAUUCAAAAUAUUCUCUUCCGCUAUGGCGACAAACAUAACCUCCACUUCGCACUGCCGGACUUUGGAAACCACCUUGGAGGAAGACGAACUUUUAAGGCUGCUAUGGUGCGUUCCUCGCCGCUCAACAAGGUGACACCCAAUAUCUUCGCCAUUCACACCAAGUGGGACCACGCGGAGGUGAAAAAAGUGAUGCCUGAGGACACCAUCUUCUUCACCAUUGUCAGGGAACCCACAGCUCUCUUCCACUCGCUUUUCGUUUACUCCAAUUUUCAUGAGAUAACGGGUUUAACUCUGCAAGAGUACGUGAAGAGAGUGCCCGCUGACUCGGGCAGAAUAAAAGGCGUCUUUGGCUACAAUCAGAUGUCAUGGGACUUCGGGAUUCCGCUGGAGGAUAUGAACAACCUUAGUGCCAUCCAUGAACUGGUGCGGCGGGCCGAUGAGCAGUUCGGACUGGUGCUGGUGAUGGAAAGGAUGGAUGAGUCGCUAGUGCUGCUGGCCGAGUACUUGUGCUGGGAGCUGAGCGACGUGCUGGUGCUGAGGGUUAACUCCCUCAAGGACAAGUUCAAACCUUCCAUCAGUGAGGAGGCACUGCAGGCACUCCAGCAGAAGCUCGCCCCGGACUACCUGCUGUACAACCACUUUCUGGAGAGGUUCAACCAGCAGGUGGAGGAUUUUGGACGGGCCAGGAUGGCAGCAGCGGUGGCCAGGCUGCAGGAGCUGAUGGCACUGCUUGUCAGCAAGUGUAACUUCAUCAAGAAGGGAGCCUCGGAGCUCAGAGGGGGGCAGAAGCCGUGGUCAUAUAAGGUGAGUGUGCAGGGCGAGGGAAGCUCUUCCCACCUGGCGCCUGCCCGUGAAAUAUUUCACAGAGUGGUUUUGCAGGUGGACGGAAUCGAGAGUGGAGGGGGAGGAGGCUGUGACGUAUAUACUCUCGCUGAGAUACAGUACAUCGAUGUGCUGAGGAAGAAGCAACAGAGGACCAUAGCAUAAAAGUUGAGGCAGUCAUAAGAGGAGGACGGCAAAUGGACAAGCAAGUAAGCAGAUUCAAUAAUAAUGAAGAGGCGACUAAUAAAAGAAAAAAAGUAAAACUAGAAAGAGAAAAGAUAACGGACAGUUGAAGGAGAGAUCCUAAGGUAAUAUGGAAACUGUUAAUAGUAAUAAAGCUAUUAAAGUUAUGAAUAAAUAGAAUUAAACUGUAUUUUGUGAACUCCUACUUGAUGCAACAGACAAGGGAGGAAGACAGAAUCUGUAAACAUUUAACUGAUUCUUCAAAUAUUUCUGAGUCCUGUCUCCUCUACUUCUUAUAACAAAUUCUUAAGAAAACUAUUAGAA